AUGCGACGACUCGAUUUAAAAGAUGAUGGUGUUGAUGGCGGAACUUGGCCAUACAAGCCACCGGAAAAAUGUCAAGCUGACUACGAGCUUUCCCAUCAAAUCGAUGUCUUUGCUGCAGGAUUGGUGCUCUGGGAGGUGAUCGAGAGACGAAAAUUGACGGCGGCCUUAGUCCCGAUUAGUUUCACGAAAAAUUCCCUUGAACUUGCAGAAUUGCACGGUUUGGUCAAAAGCUGUUCCGAUCGAUCAACACCCUUGUAUUUGCGCUUCAAUUCGGGCUCGCAGGCUCUCGAAGUGGUGGAAUCACUACAAAAAAAAGAGAAAUUCUCUCGAUUGCAAGUAAAGCCAGAAAGGAGGUUUGAGGAGCGAAAGUUAAAGCAAUUAACGAAAGAUGAUAUUCAUUUUGACGACGACGACGAUGAUCUUCAUAUUUCAACCAUCUCACUUUCCGCUUUACAAGAGACUCCAAGACAAAAGGAUGUGAGAAGCUUGAGUACACAUCUUGAAGAACAUGAAGAAUCGGUAACGAUCGACAAAAGCGAAACCGAUUUGCUCAUCCCACCGCUUUCCUCAACACUUUGGGACUUUCAUUAUCGAGAACAGUCUCAAGAGAAGAUGCCGAAAGAAAAAGAAAUCAGCUACGAGAUCGCGCCUUCAAAUAACCAAACAAGAAUGACAUCAAUAGAAUCUUCAUUUCACCUCUCAGAGCUUGCUUUUACAUCUUUACAAAUUUCGAAAGAAUCCAGAAUUCAAGAGUCCAUUAUUGGCUUUCAAAUGAUGAGCAAAAUCGAUCGA